UAAGCGUGUAUAAAAUGAUGUUUCUGCAAUAUUGGGUUUUGACUGUUGAAACUUGAUACUGAAACAAAACAGAAGAAGAGAAGAGAAGAGAAGAUCGAAAACAAAACAAAGAAAAGAUGGAGGAUACAUCUAAAACCAUUGCACACCAAAUCGGUGGUCUCCAAAACGAUGCGCUUCGCUUCGGACUCCACGGAGUCAAAAGCGACAUCGUCGGUUCUCACCCUCUCGAAUCAUCCCUCCAAUCCGUAAAGGGGGCGGAAGAAGCUAUGAAGAGGCAAUGCAAAGUGAACUUGUAUGGAGCUGCUUUUCCACUCAAGGAGGAACUUGACAGGCAAAUUCUUUCUCGGUUCCAGAGACCUCCUGGAGUAAUUCCUUCUUCAAUGCUGGGUUUGGAGUCUGUAACAGGAAGUCUUGAUCACUUUGGUUUUGAGGAUUUCCUAAAUGGAAUUAGGAUCCAUGAUAAGGAAUUAUGUAUGGAUGGAUGGGUUCAUUGGCAAAUGGUACUUUGUUGUUGUUGGUACCUCUCUCUCAAUGUUGUUAAUGUUGCAUGCAGACCCCCAUGAAUCAGAGACUUUGCGGCCAUUGGACAUGCAUCAUGGAAUGGAAGUUCGCCUUGGUCUCUCUAAGGGACCAGUGUACCCAAGUAUUAUAUAAUCAAAUUUUACUGUUAUUCUAGUACUAAGAAUGAGUAUUUCAUUGAAGCUUCUGGUUGUUCAUUAAAAGUAAAGGGUCCAAGGAACUUGCUUAUUGACAGACUUGUGCUUGCCUGUUAUUUGGAUGCUAUAAAUGUUAUGUGAUAAACACCGCAUAUAUAUCUCUUAAAAGUAGAGCAGAAUUUCAUGUAAUUCAGGCAUUUGAGUUGAGCCUAUUACAUCCAGCAUAUAUCUUUGCGCUUUUUUAUUCUACCCUGCUUCUUACCCGUCUUCUUUCAA